AGAAGAAGAAGAAGAAGAAGAAGCUACAUAGUUAAUUAGCACAUAACUACUGAUUCAAGGGACCUAUUUUUCUCUCGAUUUGGCAUGUAAAAUAUCAAGAAUAUCUAAAACCAAGACUGCAUUCCACUGUUCCCAUUGUUCUCCCAGUUUUGGCGGCAGCUUUGUGAGAAUGAAGGUGAAGAUCAGACAGUGGAGUGGAGUGGCCUCCUGGUCCUGGGUGGCUAACGAUGACAACUGCGGCAUCUGCAGGAUGCCUUUCAACGGCUGCUGUCCGGACUGUAAAGUUCCUGGAGAUGACUGCCCGCUGGUCUGGGGUCAGUGCUCUCACUGUUUCCACAUGCACUGCAUCCUGAAGUGGUUGAACUCACAGCAGGUCCAGCAACAGUGCCCCAUGUGUCGUCAGGAAUGGAAGUUUAAAGAGUGACUCCCUCUCUGUGCACCAAAAAAUGGACGCCUUACAGAACCUUUUUUGUUUACCACUGUAUCGGAGUUUGAUUUUGUUUAUAAUAGUUGUAUUUUUGGUUUCAUUUGUUGGAGAAAAAAAGUCUUUAAAUACAGAAUGUGUUUUUUAUAACAAUAUGAUUUGGAUAAAAGGAUUAAUUGG